AUGCCAUCUAGAGAGUCCUACGAGGUUCACAAGGAAGAGAAGUCCCUGGUGCAGAAGGCCAAGCGAGAGGCCAAUCAGGAGGAUAUUCUGGUGGCAGCUCUUGGGAUGAGGAUGGGGCCACAGAAACCUCCAGCCACUUUCUGGCAGCCACUUAAACUAUUUGCCUAUUCACAGCUCACCUCACUGGUUCGCAGAGCCACACUGAAGGAGAGCGAGCGGGGGCCCAGAUCUGAGAAAGUCCACAACUUCAAGGUCCAUACCUUCCGAGGGCCUCACUGGUGUGAACACUGUGCCAGCUUCAUGUGGGGACUGAUGGCUCAGGGGGUGAAAUGUGCAGAUUGUGGUUUAAACGUCCACAAACAAUGUUCAUCUCUGGUGCCCAACGACUGCAAACCUGAUCUGAGACACAUCCGUAAAGUCUACAGCUGUGACCUCACGACCCUGGUGAAAGCUUAUAAUACAGCGCGACCCAUGGUGGUGGACAUGUGCAUACGAGAGAUCGAGUCUAGAGGACUAAAGUCUGAAGGUCUCUACAGAAUAUCUGGAUUCAGUGAUUUGUUGGAAGAAGUCAAGAUGGCGUUUGACAAAGAUGGUGAGAAGACAGACAUCUCAGUGAAUGCCUAUGAAGACAUCAAUAUCAUCACGGGUGCACUGAAACUUUACCUCAGGGAUUUGCCUGUUCCCAUCAUCUCAUACGAUGCUUACCCCAGGUUCAUCGAGGCUGCAAAGCUCACAGAUCCGGAGAAGAAGCUGGAAGCUUUCCGCGAGGCUCUUGCUUUGCUGCCGCCAUCACACAUUGAAACCUUAAAGUACCUCAUGGCGCACUUAAAAAGGGUGACACAGAAUGAGAAAUUCAACCUGAUGAACGCAGAGAACCUCGCCAUCAUUUUCGGACCCACCCUCAUGCGUGCACCAGACCUAGACGCCAUGACAGCACUCAACGACAUCCGCUACCAGAGACAGGUGGUGGAGGUGCUCAUUAAAAAUGAAGAUGUGCUCUUCUAAACACAGAUCAGGACUUUUUAUAGAACGGCUCUCUAAUCAUUCUUCUGUGUAAAAACUUGAAUGACUGUUUGUAUUACAUUGAUUGAUACAAUUUUUUAAAUGCCCUUUGUAUUGACUAGUGCUGCCCUAACAUCUGUCCUUCCCUGUAUCGGGUGUGGACGAUGAACUUGACACUUGUAAGUACUUUAUGUCUCCCCAUUUUUGUCGGGGGAUUUUCAGAAGCUGACAGGCCAGCAUGCAUGAUGCGAGGUCUUUGUUGCUUUGUAGUCGUAACCCAGCAUGUGUAAAGAUCGUGUAGCGCUGAGAUUUCACUUUUGUCUGUUCUGUGGUAGAUAUA